CUCCGUAAGAUAUAGAAAAGCUUGUGCAGCUUCCUCAGAACAUACUAGCUUGUCAUCUGUUUUGAUCAAUUUCCUGCACAUACAGCUCAUUAAAAAAAAGGGGGGAAAAUUGGAUCCUCCUGCUUUUCUUGGAAACACCCGCCCUCUGCCUCUGAUUGGCCUGCCAUGAUAUUCUUACCCUAACCCUAACCAAUGUCAAUCCAAUGACUCUUAUUUAAGGAGUCCAACCAAUAAAGGCAGCCAAUCAGAGGCAGAGCAUGGCGGGUCAAGUCAAGAAGGGAUCCAUAAUAAGGCAAAUAUGAAUAAUGAAGCAUGGAACAUUUACGGUGAUAAACGUAGAUGGGGCUAAAUUAGCACGACUUAAGACAAAAAUUGCACUCAUGUAGAGUUCAACAACUAUUUCAUUUAGGAAUGCCAUGAAAGUAACAUGAGUUAAAUUAGAGUAUCCUGGCAUUCCUACAAUACACCGAUUAUUCUUACAGAUAAACUAUUACUAUUGUGUAUCGGUAUGAAAAAAUGUGUAUUUUCUCUCUGUUAUUCCAUCAGCCUCUUUGUUCAUCCUGGUGAGGUGAAAUAAUGUGUGUUUACAUGCCAGCAUCCACACAGCACAGCACCUCAUAGGCUGUUCAUCUCGAAUAGUCCUCGCAGCCGUCUUAUCCUGGCCUGCCUUGUGACCGAUGCCAGCCAAUCACAGCUGAGGCUGUACAGUGAUGACAACAAAAAAAACAUCAAACCGAAGCGGACGGUUCAUAUUGCGCUUUAACCGUGAACUCUUGUUUACUGUCGCUAUUAAAGUAUUUGCAAUAAGCUUAAUUUUAAAUAUUGUAUUUUUCAACCUUAACAUAAUUCAGGGUUUGGCUUAGUCACGGGGAGAUGAACGCCGCAGGGUAGCGCGGACGGUCGCAACAUAACGAUAAUCGCUAAUUCUGACGACAUCAACGUUGGCUAGCUCCCCGACAGGACGGUUCUUACUGUUGCACGAACGUUAAAAUUAAUAGUUACAUUUUGCGCGCUGGGUAUCAUUUUAUUACUGGCUAGUAGCUAGCUAAGACCACACGGUGACUGUCCUGCCAGCGAGUUCUGUCAGUCUGAACAUCUGAACACAGUCUAACGUUUGGUCCGUUGCGAUGGAUGCUCUAACAUGCUAGGACCAUGUUCAAAAAUGUUUUUGGCUCUGGGUUUCUGGUAAGAACAGCUCAUGUGAUUCUGACAUGGGUCAUAACGUUGAUACUCUUCCUACAUGAUACAGAGCUGAGGAAGCAGGAGGAGACCGGCCAGCUCGUCCAGCCUGUGCUCUUCGUGUUGCUGGUGCUGGUGUCGGUGCUGCUCUAUUUCGCUGUUUCUCUGAUGGAUCCAGGCUUCAUCCUGUCUGAAGAUAGCGAUUUACAGUUCACGCUGGGAGUGACUGAGGAGCAGCAGGACAUGAUCCCACCCACCACCAAAUCCCUGCGACAGCGCCGCUGUGGCCACUGUCUGCUGCAGCAGCCAAUGAGAUCAAAGCACUGCCAGACGUGUCAGCACUGUGUCCGGCGUUACGACCAUCACUGCCCCUGGAUUGAGAACUGUGUUGGCGAGAGGAACCACCGCUGGUUUGUGCUUUACCUGGCUGUACAGCUGCUGGUGCUGCUGUGGGGGCUGCACAUUGCUUGGACGGGCUUUAAUUAUGCGCCCACCUGGCAGCUGUGGCUGCGUACAAACGGCAUGCUGCUGGCCGUGGCCGUGCUGGUGGCUCUGCUCUCACUGAUCGUGCUCCUCCUGCUCGGCUCCCACCUCUACCUGGUUUCUCUCAACACCACCACCUGGGAGUUCAUGUCACGCCACCGCAUCUCCUACUUAAAGCACUGCGGCGCAGAUGAAAACCCCUUCGACCGCGGCACCUUCCACAACCUUUGGGGUUUCUUCUGCGUGUGGGGCACGGUGGUGUGGGAACAGGUGUACUUCAGGGAGGGCAGCGACCAGGUCUAGGAGAUUGUGACAAGCAUUAACAGACUGUAAAGACUGUAUUUUAUUCAUGAACAACCUUUCUGAAUUUAGGAAUCACCCACUUGACCACAAAUUUGCAAUAUAAACUAUCCUUAUGUGCGGUUUACCUUUGUAACUCUACAACAUUUCCCUCCUUUAACACGUCUCCUCUUAGUGGUUCAGCUGCUUACUCAUGUUGUCUUGUUAUGUAGUUGCAGUCCACGUUUCCUGUUUUUUCCCCUCCCCUCCCUAAGUGGCUGUCAACAGGCUAAAAGGUGUCUUGUGUCCCCUCAGAAUGAGGCACCUACUCUUAGUUACCAUCUCUUUGUGGACAAGUUACCAGCACGAGUCCUUAUUCUAACAAUUGUUUACAACCAUUGAAGUGUACCAUUUCUCUGGCACAGGCAAUCAUCCACAUCGUCUGCAGGCACUUUACUGACUAAUUUUAAGGCGCUGAGUGAAGCCAGUUUAAAAGCCCUGUUGAUUCAAGCGUGGUCUGUUUGUGCACCCACUUCCCACUUGACCCUCACUCCUGCAUCCUCCACUGAAUCAUUUAUGUGGGCAGUAAUUACAUGUUUGAAGAACUUCUGUUCUCACGAUGACACCUGACUGAUGGACUGUUAAUUAACUCUGAUGUUUACUUUUAAUACAUGUCAAAUAUACAUUAACCAGAUCCUGAUGAACAAGUUGGAGAGUUAAAAAAAUGCUCCAUCAGCUUUGUCUAAAAAAGCUGUUAGUUGAAGUGAGAGAUGACAAAUUACAAUGUUACUAAAUAUGAACAUUUUGAAAUAUGAUGGUGUGUGAAACUUUCAAUGGACAGCAUUUCAAGCUAUUUUAUAUUGUAUAUAAUUCUUAAGCUAUUUUGAACCAGAAAAUGUCUUUAGAUUUUUCUAUCACUGUUUUCUUUGAGUAACUGGAGGAAUACUGUGGAACAGUAGUGAAGACUAGGUAGAGAGCUUUGAGUGCAAUACAUUGUUUGGUAUUUCCAUUUGAGCUUUUCCUUGUGCAAUAGUAACUUUGUAAGACAGCAAUAAAUGUGGUGUUGAAUAUAAUGUACAGCAGUAGUGUUGGACAAAAUGCAAAUGACCUCCAGUUGGACUGUGUCAUUGUCAGGGAGAGCUCUGGUUUAUAUGAAUUAACAUUUAAUUCAUGUUGUGUACUUCUGAAUCAUAUGCAAUACUGUCA